GGAAAAUGUUGCUCAGCUUGGAUGUUUUCUGAUAAUACAGAAAACGUAAAGUAAGCUGAAAGUGCUCAGCUGACCGACAACCACGACGAACGGUUACGGACACGUCGUUAAAAUGAUUUUAUGGUGUUAUUCAGAGGAGAUUUUCCUGAAUAGGAGAUAAAUUGAACGAGAAAAUAAUCAAUUCAAAAAGUUUGCUUAAUGAAAGACUGUAAAUCAUAUUCAGUAGCACCACCACUGGCAGAUAUUGCAUUAAGGAACUUUUGGAAUUUGGAUAUGGCAUUAGACGUUAAUACUCGAAUUGAAACCAUCGAAUUGUUGAGUCGUGAAGCAGACUGCCUAAAACACAAACUUGAAGAAGAAAGAAAAAAACUUAAUGAUGUAACAUUGGCAAAUGUUGCAGAACGCUUGGAAGAAGUUACAUUCUUAAAUAUAAAACCUAGGAGAUUAUUAAAAGGAAAUCAAGCUAAAAUGUUAUGUUGCGAUUGGUCUCCAGAUAAACGACAUAUUGUUUCAUCUUCACAGGAUGGUAAAUUACUAAUUUGGGAUGCAUUUACAUCUGCAAAAGAACAAACUGUUACCAUGCCAACAACUUGGGUGAUGGCAUGUGCCUAUUCACCAUCAGGCAACUUGGUUGCAUGCGGUGGUUUGGAUAACAAGGUAACAGUAUUUAAUAUAUCAAAUCCAGAAGAAGAUCCAUCUGCCAAAAAGAAAACUGUUGGUACCCAUACAAAUUUUAUGUCUUGUUGCUUGUUUCCAAAUUCUGAUCAACAGAUAUUGACUGGUAGUGGAGAUGCUUCUGCUGCACUUUGGGAUGUUGAGACUGGUCAAAUGUUACAGUCUUUCCAUGGUCAUACUGGUGACAUAAUGUCCAUUGAUUUAUCACCAUCAGAAAUUGGCAAUACAUUUAUAUCAGGUAGUUGUGAUAAAAUGUUACUUCUAUGGGAUAUGAGAACUGGUCAAAGUGUCCAAUCAUUUGAAGGUCAUCGUUCUGAUAUAAACAGUGUCAAAUAUCAUCCUAGUGGAGAUGCUGUAGCAUCUGGUUCUGAUGAUUCUACAUGUCGUAUGUAUGACUUAAGAGCAGAUAAAGAAGUAGCUGUAUAUUCAAAAGAGAGUAUUUUGUUUGGCGUUAAUUCUAUUGACUUUUCUGUCAGUGGUAGAAUUUUAUUUGGAGGUUAUACAGAUUACACAAUUAAUGCUUGGGAUAGUUUAAAAUGUGAACGAGUCAGUUUGUUGUAUGGGCAUGAAAAUAGAGUUACAAGUAUAAAACUUUCACCUGAUGGAACAGCAUUAGCUUCUGCCAGUUGGGACGCCUCUUUACGUGUAUGGGCAUAAUUAAUGAAAAUUCAUAUUUUGACAGUAGAUAUC